CGCGGGCGUCGGGCUGGGUCGGCGGCGUCGGCGGCAGGGUCGGCGGCGGCGGGUGGGAAAUGGCGGAGUACUUGGCCUCCAUCUUCGGCACCGAGAAAGACAAAGUCAACUGUUCAUUUUAUUUCAAAAUUGGAGCGUGUCGUCAUGGAGACAGGUGCUCUCGGUUGCACAAUAAACCGACCUUUAGCCAGACCAUCUUGAUUCAAAACAUCUAUCGUAACCCCCAAAACAGUGCACAGACGGCUGACGGCUCACACUGCGCCGUGAGCGACGUGGAGAUGCAGGAGCACUACGACGAGUUCUUCGAGGAGGUCUUCACGGAGAUGGAGGAGAAGUACGGCGAGGUGGAGGAGAUGAACGUCUGUGACAACCUGGGGGACCACCUGGUGGGCAACGUGUACGUCAAGUUUCGCCGCGAAGAAGACGCGGAAAAGGCUGUGAUCGACCUGAACAACCGCUGGUUCAACGGGCAGCCAAUCCACGCCGAGCUCUCCCCGGUCACAGACUUCCGGGAAGCCUGCUGCCGCCAGUACGAGAUGGGCGAGUGCACGCGCGGCGGCUUCUGCAACUUCAUGCACUUGAAGCCCAUCUCGAGAGAGCUGCGGCGGGAGCUGUACGGGCGCCGGCGCAAGAAGCACCGGUCCCGGUCCCGGUCCCGGGAGAGGCGCUCUCGCUCUCGAGACCGCGGUCGUGGCGGCGGCGGCGGCGGUGGUGGCGGCGGCCGGGAGCGCGACAGGAGGCGGUCGCGGGAUCGCGAGCGCUCGGGGCGGUUCUGAGCCUGCCCGUGCCCGGUGUCCGCGCGGGAGCGCCGCCCACUGACCAAACAAGUUCCUAUCGGGGGUUUUUUAAAAAACAAAAAAAAUACAAAGAUGGGUUUCUGAAUAAAAUUUGUAGUGACGCAGGGUCCCUGGCGUGGCUGUUCCU